ACUUAAUGGUUAAAGUAUGGAAAUUCAAAUCUGAUACGGAAGAUUGGAAGAUUUUUAAUAAUUUUUCAUGUGGUAAAAAGGUUCAGUUAUGCAUCUAGAGACCCUAGUUAUAGUACUAGUAGUAUCCCAAGAGAUUUUUGGAUCUUUGGAAUCAGUACCACAGAUGAAUGUUGGGGAAAUACCUAGAAACGGCCAGCUCUUUCAGAUAGUGCGUGUCAUUGAGUAUAUAGUGCCAUAUCCCUACCAGAGAUCCCCCAAAAUAUCUGCUAGAGGUCCCAGUACUAAAACCGGGGAUCCGAACAGUUUGGAGAUAAUUCCCGCUGAUAUUGAAAGUCUUCUCACCGCUGGUGAAACCACAACAACUACGACACUCAAGCCAAAGGCAGUCAAGCACUUUCUGAUGCGAGUCCUCUAUGAAAACAAAGUCAUCUGCAGCGGGGCGCUAAUCUCCAGUCGUUUGGUCCUAACCUCUGCCCACUGUUUUCCCAAAACGCUUCGUAAAAACCAAGCUCAUCUAUACAAACUACAGGCCAGUCGUAGUCGCAUUUAUUCGGUGGAUAGUAUUAUACUGGGCUCCAUUGAGGACAUGGCCCUGCUGUUGCUCAAGUCCCCGCUGCAGGAUGCGUUCGUCCAGCCGAUUGAACUGUGUGACCAGCCGCUGCGAAGAAGUGACAAUGUCACCAUGUACAUGUCACACGAACAUCUGCGCUUCCUGCGCACCAAACUCAUCGCCAAUAGGAACUGCAAGCGGAGCUAUGCCCAGGACGAGAACGCCUUCAUCACCAAGACCAUGUUGUGUGCCCUCAAUUCGAAUCGACUGGUGGACUGCCAGACGACCAAGGGGGAUCUACUGCUGCACGGGGAUCGGGUGUGCGGUGUAGACAUCUAUGGGCAGCACUGCUCCGACGGCGCUAUCAACGGAGAGCUCUAUGCGGACGUCUUCAAGGCCAGAACCCAACUGAUGGGGUUUAUUAAGCGGUACUCAAAAUGA